AUGCUCACCUAUUCAGUUCUCCUUUUGACUGUUGGUCUGGCGAUGGCCAUUGCAGAAGGGUGUCACGGGGACAAUCUGCUCCGUGCUAUGGAACGGCACAACGCCAGCGCGUACUGUUCCUCGCUUUUGUAUUCUAUUUCUGCCACGACGACGAUACAGUUGCCUGAGGGUGUGCCUACUGGCUCUGGACCUGGACCGGUUUCUUCUGCCUGUUCGUGUCUCCUUGGUGUCAAUACUACUUCUCGCGGGAACUGCGACUCCAAAACAACCAAAGAUUUUACAAGCCUUCCUAGUACAGAAGUGCUGGCAACUGAUACUUCAGCUACUGCUGUAUCGGACACGUUUGGCAUACCUACUGCGACAUUAUCAGACAUUCCUGGAGGAUACUCCUUUUCUUUCUCAUUCCCUGCUACCUCGGGCUCCAGCAUACCGCCUACUUGUGGGCUAUCAGGGAUGACUACUACCGUUCAAGUCACAGAGACAAGCAUUAGCACACUGUACAUCACCAAUUUACCAGUGUCAACAGCAGUUGAGGAAGACAGCGGGGGUCGGCCUGGGCCGCCAGGGACGACUACGCCUACCACAGCCAAGACUACAGAGGCAUCAAGCUCGGUUUCUAAUGACGCCGAAUCCAGUGACGGAACCAGCCCGACUGAUAUGUCAAGUGGGAGUAUGCCCUGGUGGGUUCCGACAACUACUGCGAACGGAAGCUCAAUGGGUACGUCGGAGACUACUGUUGAUGCCACAGCUGGGAUCUCAACUUCCAGUAAUGUCACGAGCGAGGUCAUUUCAAUCACCAGUAGACCUGGGGCGACGAUUACCCUGGUUAUCAACGGUAAUAUCACGACUAUCACCGGCGAGUUGCCCGAUGACCAGACAAAACCGACGUCUUCUUCUGCAUCUCAAAGUGACGACUCUCAAUGGACUUUGACUUGGAUAUCUGGUUCCACUGAGACUAUGCCAACGCCAAGCCCAGCUCCAAUACUAACUACUAUCACAAGCGACAUGGGCAAUGGGAUUACAUCAACUUGGAUAGUGACAGCUGACAGCCCGAUCGCCUCGGCCCUUGAAACAAGCUCAGCUAGUUCAGCGUCCUCUUCUCGGACUUCAAGUGGUGAUUCUUCUGGUAGUAGCCCUAUUAGCGGGGAUGUCUCGACGUCAACAGCCAUCAGCGCCUCAACAGUCGUAGAGGCUACCGACAGCUCUAUAACAACCUCAUCUGUUAUACCUUCAGAGACGGUCUCUUUGACUAUUAGUGUAAUCACAGGUGUCGUCGAUGGUGUUGUUUCGACGUGGACUUUGAGUGGUGGUUCGACUUUGAUCGCCUCACCUGCUAGUACGACUUCAGCCCCUAGUCCGGUCACUUCACAGACUCCCUCAAACGGAUUUACGGUCAUCACCAGUGCUGUUGGUGGCGGAAUGGUAUCCAUUUGGACUAUUUCUGGGGCUUCUACACUCACUGGAUCUUCAAGUAUUACCGCAGCCCCUUCCUCCGUACCCGUCGGAGCCGUCAUCACCAGCGUUGUCAAUGGCACAGUAUCGACAUGGACUGUCUCCGGUGGUUCAAGCCAAGCGAUUUCCAACAGGAGCACACCAAUCUUCACAAGCACUGCAGCUGGGGUCGUUACCAUCACCAGUUUGAUUGAUGGUGUAGCUUUAACAUGGACUGUGUCUCGCGGCACAACCCUCCAAGGCUCAUCUGACAGCAGCGUAACAACAACUGCUAGAGUCAGCGUGAUUACUAGUGUUAUUAACGGCGAACUAUCGACUUUGACCAUGAUAGACGGGUCUACUAUCGUAUCAAGCAGUACAGCAACGCCAAUUCCUACUCCAUCCAGUGGAAUCGUUGUUUUUACUACCGUAAUUAACGGUGCAACAUCAGUAUGGACCAUCUCAGAUGGCUUGACUCUUACUGGCGCUCCAAGCCCAACUCCCAAUCCAACCAUUAAUUUCACUAUCAUCACUGGUAUGAUCAGUGGUUCGGCCUCGACAUGGAUGAUUUCAGGAGGGAUGACCCUUCCUGUACCUUCAGUCAGCACAACAGCGACCCCUACGCAAACCAAUCAAGUCAUAGUCAUUACUAGCGUGAUCAAUGGUGAAGCUUCAACAUGGACUGUUUCAAACGGUUCGACCCUCGAUGGUAGCUUGAGUACCAAAACCUCUAAUCAAUCCGAUGGGUUUACCACUAAAACAGACACCGGGGAUGGUAAUGGUGCUUCAACCCAGACGCAGACUGCCGGCGCCACCUCUGGCGGAUCAAUCAACAACACCGCUACUAUUUCUACAUCAACCAGUGCCUCAGCAACAUCAACGGUUUACGCUUCCGCGUUUACUGACAUCUCUGUCAUAGCAGCGCAAAACGCGAGCACAUGCCUUACCCUCCAAACACCAACGGAAUCCCUCCACGAAUCUCUUCUAGAGCACGAGAACAGCCCUCCAUACAUUGAUGCCUUCUUCAUGAACAAAACUGGAGACUUUGUCAAGUAUCUCCGUCUUCGAGACAAUGCCUCGAAUCCCGUUCUCAUCGACGUCUCGGACCCCUUGAGACUGUCAAUCAUUGACAAGGAUGGAGACAUACUUUCCAUUGAUGACCAAGGACUACAUUUCACUUCCGCCAACUGCUCGCCAAAAAUCGAUAUUAUCAUUCCUGGUUUUUUUGAUCAGUUAAGCUCUUUGACGAACUCGACUUGUAGCAAUCAGUCUAACGUUUCCGUCACUGGGGCGUGGGAUAUGAUGGCACCAGGAUCAUUGAGGAAAAGGCUGAAUGACACGUUCGAAGUUGUCCUUCGUCUUCGUGACCAAUGCGGCAACGCCGUUCGCUCAGAUUUGCCUGUUUCUGUAGCAUUGGGUGGUACACAAUGUCUCGCUACCCCUGGUGAAGGUGGUGAAUUCAUCGUGAACUGCGUGUUUCCUAGCAGUAAGGGUCCGACAAUGGAAUGCGAGACUUCCGUCCAGCAAACUCUUGAUCGUCUUACCAAUGGAUCGUUCUCCGGCACAUGCCCCUCUUUCGUGUCCGUUUGGAGCGUUUUACUCAGGGAAUUGACGAAUGUGGUCAACCUUGAUCAGCUCCUCAAACCACUUGUCGAAUCCGGAUUGGAUACCGACACUGACCCUGGCCGAGACAUGCUUUCUGCUAUUGGGAGAUUUCUAAAUCUUUACGACUUCUCCACAUCCACCUUUAAAAACUCAUCAUCUGAAGGUGGAUCAAAGUUUGGAGGUAUGGUUGAGAGCUAUGGUGUAGUAAACAUCACCACAGACGUCUGCCGCUCCCUUACAACAUCGAAAACUCUCAACCUGACAUUCACCGCGGGAGACAUGACAUUACCCUCCGUUCUCACAGUAUUAUCAAGUAUUCCAUCCUCCACACAGAGGUACGAACACAAUGUCACCGACCCCGCGGGAUUAGCAUGCUGUCCGAACCCAGGAAAAUGUGUCAUUGAAGGUGCUAGGAGAUAUUAUCCCCCCGAAGCCUCGAUUCAGGGAUCAGACUGCCUCUGCGGCACGGCGUCAGAUGGCCGAGGUAUCGCCUUCCGAACUGGAAGGUGCCUUGGAUACAAUCAGUGCAAUGCAUCAUCUCCCUGUGCUAGCGGCGCGGUUUGCUUAGUGAGUAACUGUUGCGGGUUUAGUGUUUGUGUCAAUGGAACGGAGUGCUCUGCGCCAAAGUUAGGGAAGAGAUGGAUAAGCUUGUUUGAUCAUGAGGCCUCGGAAGGUCCACUUUGA